AUGUCUUUGCCUACCUACGUUUUGCUCUCUGGAGAGGAUGACGAUGGCGUCAACUCGGUUGUUACGUUCCUGGAGGAAGAUCCCAACAGGUGGGAAAAGCUCGUAGUUCAAUCAUGCCCCUCGCAAGCGAACUGCCUGCCAAAGCAUCCGAAACGCCGCAUCAGCAUCCAACAGCAAGAAAUCCAUGGUUCAGUUGGCCUGCCAUCGGUUCCGACGAGACGAGAAAGCAUCGUUCUCGAGGAGGAACUCGAGCCGAGACCUCGGAGGAGAGCCACUGUCUUUCGAACUAUCGACGUUGACUUAGCUGAACUGAAAGCCCUGGCUGACCAGCUCGAUAUGGAAGAACUGCUGGAAAACGAAGAAGACGACGAAACAAUGGGAUCUGGCCUUGUCCUGGCACCGCCCACACGAAGAGAGAGUAUUUGCUUUGAGGAUUUAGACGCAAGCGCCGUGUCCUAUUGCAGCCACUCGGUGGCCCCAUCCCUCUCUUUUGUUGUGCAGGAGCAUGCAGUUGGAGAAGGGGGCAUGACAUUGAGCAGAUCGAAUGAAGACGGGGACUGUCGCUGCAAUGAUGCCUUGCCUCCGAGGCUUCCGAGGCGAAAGAACAGCAUCGUGCUGAAGGACAACAGUGCGAUCUGCCCGUACCAUGCAAGUCCCAAACGAGUGAAUUCUACCUUCAUCGAUGCAGACGCUUUGGCUUACCCGAUCAUUGCCUUCACCCGAAGAGCAGCUCCUCGCUAUAUCUCUUCCCGAAGUGCAUAA